AUGUUUACAACUCGACGUGGAUUACUAGCACCACAAAAUACGUUUCUUGAUACAAUUAUACGAAAAUGUGACGGGCAAAAUUCCUGUUUUCUACUCACUAAUGCACGUAUAUUAGAUUUUCCAAUUGUAUAUGUUAGUAAUGGAUUUACAAAUCUAACUGAAUUUGGUCGUAUUGAAGUCAUGCAAAAACCUGGUCUAUGUCCAUUUCUUCAUGGACCACAAACAGAUAAGUCAAUUAUAACAACAUUAGAAAAUGCAUUUAAAGAACAACGAUCCGAACAUGUCGAAAUUAUUCUGUAUAAAAAGAAUUUGACUCCAUUGUGCAUUUUGGUUGAAUUAAUUCCGAUUCGUAAUGAUGAAGAUUUGGUAGUGUUGUUUCUUAUCACAUUUAAAGAUUUGACAGCAUUUCGUCAACCACUCAAAGAAGAAUCUGCUCAGACGUCAGCAUUAGGAGCAUUUGCAGCUGCAAGUGACGCUGGAAGUAGUUGGGGAAAAUUUGCUCGUUUGGUAUUCUCCAUGGUGAAACAAAAAGCUGAAGAUUCAAUCGCAGAGAAUACAGAACACAUAGAUUCUCCACAAGUAAAUGUUGAAAAUGAAACUGUUCAAUGUGCUCAAUUGAAUUCGAAUGAAAAACUAUGUCAACAACAAUCUGUUGAAUCUGAAAAAAAUGUCAACACUGUAAAUGAGUUAACCAAUGAUAAUAACACUAAUACAAAUAAUAGUACAAAUGAUGAAAUCGAAUUAAUCAUUCCAUUCAAUCAAAGAAAUCAACGAAAAUCCACUAAAUCAUGUCAUCUUAUUUCAACAUCAGAUCAUGCUGGCAGUGUAUCAACUAAUUUGAUUAGUAGUAGUUAUUCAAAAUCAUUGAAUAAAUUAGAAUCUGGUGAAUUAAAUUUAACUAAUUUAGAAAUAAAGUCAAAAAGACAUAAAUAUAAUAUAUUUAAGAAACGUACUAACAAAAAGUCAAACCAGGUCAUUACAAAUUCAAAAAAGCUUGUAAAUAUUAAAGGAACAAAUAUAAAUGGUGAUGUAGAUGAUCUUUUUAGUAAUCAAUGGUCCGCUCCUGAAUCAGUUCCACGUUACCGUCCAGAACCGCCAUGUCCACCGAAACAUGUACUUCUACACUAUUCAGUUUUUCGAAUAGUCUGGGAUUGGACGAUCCUAUUGCUUACUGGUUACACAGCUAUCAUUGUCCCACUGAGAGUUGCAGUUAUUCCUCGACCAGCGUGGAUUCCUUCUUCUGAAUCGUUAGCUUUACAAACAAAUAAUCAAAAAGAAUGGAUCCAUCCAACAACUUUGGAACUGUUAACUAUAACCGAUGCGAUUAUUGAUAUUAUUUUUGGUGUAGAUAUUGUAUUAAAUUUUCAUACAUCUUUUGUUGGAGCUGGAGGUGAAGUAGUUGCUGAUCCUCCAGUUAUUCGAAUGAACUAUUUGAGCGGUUGGUUUACAUUAGAUUUAUUGGCUUGUCUUCCAUAUGAAAUAUUGAAAUAUUGUUGGCCUGUAGAUAACACAGAAGUCUAUUAUCUGAUGGAUGCAUUGCGUAUAGUUCGAUUAUUACGGAUAGGACGUGCAGCUAGACGAAUUGAUCAAUACUUAGAAUAUGUAUCCACUUUAUUAUUAUUAAUGAUUCUAUGCUUUUUUCUAUUGGCACAUUGGUUUGCUUGUGCAUGGUAUGCUGUUGGUAUAUUUGAUUUAGAAAAUAAAAUAUACUAUGGUUGGAUACCAAGAAUUUAUAAUGAUUCAUUGAAACCACAAAAUUGGGAAGAAUUUACAUUAUAUGAUCAUAGUUUAACAGAAUCUAUGACAAAUUUGAAUAAAACACAAUUAUUUAAUCAACAUAUUACAAGUGUACAUAGUUCAUUAAUGAAUUUUGCAUCAAUUAAUACUGAUUCACAAUCAACACCAUCAUCACAUACAACAUCGUCAUCAUCAUCAUCAUCAUCAGCAGCAGCAGCAGCAGAAUCAUCAGUAACAUUGAAAAAUCAAUUUUUCUCAUCAAAUAACUUUACCAAUUGUUCAAUUCAUAAAACAUGUGUAAAUAAGACUGCACAAAAUGAUACAACUCUAGGUUUAGAUCAGCAAGAAUACAAACAAAGCAAUGUUUAUCCAAUUUCGCCAACAAAUUUACCAUUACAAAAUUUUCGAGAGAAAUGGACUGCUUAUAUUACAGCACUUUAUUUUAGUUUAUCAUUACUUACAACUAUUGGAUUUGGUAAUGUGGCAGCUUUUACAGAAAGUGAAAAAUUGUUAUCAAUUUGUUGUAUGCUUAUAGGUGCUUUGGUAUAUGCUACUAUAUUUGGUAAUGUAACAACUAUUGUUCAACAAAUGUAUGCAACACGUACAAGAUAUAAUGAAAUGAUGAAAGGUGUAAAAGAUUUCUUAAAAAUUCAUGAAGUUCCAAGAGAGUUAGGUGAACGUGUUAUUGACUAUAUCACAUCAUCUUGGUCAGUAACCAAAGGAAUUGAUACAGUGAAAGUAUUAAAUUAUUGCCCUAAAGAUAUGCAAGCUGAUAUUUCUGUUCAUCUGAACCGUUGUGUUUUCAAUAGUCAUGCCGCGUUUCGUUUAGCAAGUGAUGGUUGUCGACGUUCAUUAGCUGUGAACUUUCAAACAUUACACACAGCACCAGGUGAUUUAAUAUGUCAUCAAGGUGAAAGUGUUGAUCAGUUGUGUUUUAUAGCAAGUGGUACUCUAGAAGUGUUGCAAGAUGAUGAAGUGAUAGCAAUACUCGGUAAAGGUGAUGUUUUUGGUGAUCCAUUGUGGAAGAAUACAGUGUCUGUACCGGCAGCAGCAAGUGUUCGAGCAUUGACUUAUUGUACUUUGCAUACAAUACGACUGGAUCGUCUACGAGUUGUCUUAAACUUUUAUCAUGCAUUCGCGAAUAGUUUCACACGAAAUUUAGAGUUAACUUAUAAUUUAUGCAAUAGAGUAAUAUUUCGAAAGUUGUCUGAUGUAAGACGUGAAAUGGAACUUUCACUGAGAAGAAACAAAGAGCCACCAUUGAGUGCAUUGCCAGCAAGUCAUCCAGUGAGAAAAUUGAUUUCUCGAUUUCGUCGAUCAAGUCAAGUUGGAGAUUUAUCUUCUAGACAAUAUUUGGGUACAAUUGUUUCAUGUCACACAUCGUUGGAUGGUUCAGAAUUUGAAAAUUCUAGUAUUUCUGAUAUAGUGGUCAAUAGUACUGCUGAAAAAUCAGGUUCAAUUUGUAAAAGUCCACUUCCAGACCACGAAGCUAACAUGUAUUCAAGUAAUGAUCCAAAAAAUACAACUCCAGUAUCCUGUCCCAUUCAAAUAAUUCACAAGAAUUCUAUUGAUUCACAACCACAAUCAGAACCUUCUAUUGUUGUUGCAAACAGUCUACUGAAAAGUCAAAAUCCUGCCAGAAAAUGGGCUCGUCUUAUUUCUAAAGUUACACAACCUCCGUUACAUAAUCUAAAUGAAGAACCAAAUGAAGAUUCAAGCCGUUUACCACCGACACAUGAAAAAGAAUCAAAAAAUUUACCAGAAACUCACUUACCAAUAAAAUCUUUAGAUGAGCAAAAUAUUACGUCUACACCAAUUACUACAACUUUGCCAUCAACUACAGAUCGAAAUGCUGUCAUCACUUCAACACAACCAUCGAUAGCACAUAUAUCAUCAGUAAAUACAAUUAGCACAAUGUCAACAACGAAUUCUAGCAAUACAACACCAAGUAUACCAUGUCAUGAUAUGCAUAGAAUUGAAUUAAAUAUUGAAAAAUGUUUAAAUAAUUUCCAUGUAAAACUUAGUCAACAAAUACAUGAAAUUGUUAAACGAUUAGAUAAUUUGGAAGGACAAGUUGUAGAAUUACGUAAUACUUUUCCUAGUGCUGGUAACACAAAUAUAACUGUUUCAAAAGUUGGUAAUUCACAAUCGAACACUAUCAGAUCAACAAACAAUGAUAAUAAUAAUAAUAACAAUGAUUGUACCGCGGCGAAUCAUUUUUCAAAGAAUUGUAUUAAAUAA